AAAAACUCUUUCAUCAAAAAUGUCUUUAACGCCGAAAAGAUCCCGCUCUGAAAUUUUGGACGAUUCAAUGGAAAAAAGAAUAAAGCGCAUCUCAAUCGAAGGAAACAUUGCGGCGGGAAAGUCCACAUUUGUGCGCCUUUUGGAGAAGGAGAGCGCGGACUGGGAGGUGGUGCCAGAGCCCAUCGCCAGGUGGUGCAAUGUUCAAAGAAAUGACAAUGACUUUGAGGAGCUGAGCACGUCUCAGAAAAGUGGAGGUAACGUGUUGCAGCUCAUGUAUGACAAGCCGGAGAGGUGGGCCUACACUUUCCAGAGCUACGCCUGCAUCAGCCGAGUCCGAGCCCAGAUGCGAUCGGCCAAUGGGAAGCUUAGAGAUGCUGAGAACCCUGUCCAGUUUUUUGAGCGGUCUAUCUACAGUGACCGGUACAUCUUUGCGUCCAACCUUUAUGAGAGCGAGUGCAUGAAUGACACAGAAUGGUCCGUCUACCAGGACUGGCACAGUUGGCUUCAUUCUCAGUUUGGCAAACACAUAGAAUUAGAUGGGAUUGUGUAUCUCAGAGCAACUCCAGAGAAAUGCUUGGAACGAUUACAUUUAAGAGGCAGAGAGGAGGAGCAAGAGAUCCCUCUGGAAUAUUUGGAGAAACUUCACUUUAAACAUGAGAGCUGGCUACAGCACAAGACCAUGACCAUGGAAUUUGAGUAUCUCAGCGAAGUGCCUGUUUUGACAAUUGACGUAAAUGAAGAGUUUGCACGUAAUAAAAACAAAGGCACAGACAUGAUUGAAAAGGUGAAGGAGUUCUUGAGCACACUAUAGACUUGAUGAACACAAACUAACUUGGCCUCAAUAGUUGGAGCUGGUUUGACCGC